AUGAGUCCAAAAAAUGUUGUUUUCAAGAAAAUUUCCAAAGACAAGUCGGUGGGUGUGUAUAUGGGAAAGAGAGACUUUGUUGACCGCGUUGACUCAGUGGAUCCAGUGGAUGGUGUCAUACUUAUUGAUCCUGAACAGCUGAGAGGAAAAAAAGCAUACGUCACAUUGUCCUGCGUGUUCCGGUACGGACGGGAUGAUGACGCAGAAGUGCUGGGUAUCUCUUUUAGGAAAGAGAUCUACAUAUCGACCCGGCAGGUCUACCCCGCGCUGCAGGACAAAGAGCAGGGCAUUCUCACCAAAGUGCAGGAGAAACUACUGCGCAAACUGGGGGACAAUGCCUACCCGUUUUUCUUUGAAUUCCCUGAUAACUUGCCCUGCUCAGUUGGACUCCAGCCAGCCCCAAAAGAUGUUGGAAAGCACUGUGCUGUUGAGUUUGAGGUGAAAGCCUUCUGUGCUGAGAGCCAGGAUGCCAAAGUUCGCAAACGGAGCUCAGUCGGUCUGAUGAUUCGCAAGGUCCAGUACGCCCCAGAGAAGCUGGGACCUGCUCCCAGUGUGGAGACCACUCGUGACUUCCUCAUGUCUGACAAACCACUACAUAUGGAAGCUAGCUUGGAGAAGCAGACGUACUAUCACGGAGAACCCAUCAAUGUAAGGGUCAAAAUCAAUAACCAGUGCAACAAAAGUGUGAGGAACAUCAUCCUUUCUGUGGAACAAAACGCCAACGUGGUGCUGUACUGCAAUGACAAUUAUAUGAAGGUGGUGGCCACAGAGGACUCUGGGCACUCUGUUGAAUCUGGUGCCAAACUGGAGAAAGUCUACACUUUGCUACCCCUGCUGGCCAAUAACAGAGAACGGCGAGGCAUUGCGCUGGAUGGAAAAUUAAAGCAUGAAGAUACUAAUCUAGCCUCUUCAAGCAUCAUUAAAGAUGGCGUUCUGAAGGAAGUUCUGGGAAUCAUGGUGUCUUACAGAGUCGUUGUGAAGCUUAUUGUUGGAGGGAUGAUGGGAUCCAGUGAGGUUGGAGUGGAACUUCCUUUCCAACUUAUGCACCCAAAACCUGACGCAGUGAAGGAAAGUGAAGUGGAGGAAGAAAUGGUAUUCGAGGAGUUUAAGCGCACCUACCUGAAGGGCAUGCCUGAGGAUGAGGAUGAAGGAAACGCAAACAUUGAGGAGAACGUGUAG